AAGCCGCUGGGAGGCGGAGCGCGACGGCGACGAAGGUGUCGUGCGCUCGGCGGGCCUCAGGGCGGCACUCUGGGCCUGCGGCCUGCGCUCUCGGGCGGGCCGGCUCGAUCCACGCCGGCCGCGAACGUGUCUCCCGGUGACGCAGCCGCGGGUGGGGAACGUGGUGCGGCGGCGGCGGCGGCGGCGACUGUGCGCACGGCCGACUUCGAGAGGACGCGGGUCUCCGGCGCGGUGUUCGUCAGGGAACGGGCGGCCCCUCCGCGUGCGGACGGCUCGGGGCCCGGCGGGGCCGGGAAAGGCCCGGAGGCCGCCGGGGUCGCGGCCCGUGACGCCCCCGCGCUCGCUCGCUCUCGCGGGUGCAGGCGCAGCGGCGCGCCGAGGCUCCAUGUUGGGAAGCGCCGCGCGCCCUCGUUAGCGGGAUCCGGGCGCCGCGGGCAGAGCCCCGGGCUGGGCGCUGCGAAGAUGGAGGCCCCGCUGCGGCCUGCCGCCGACAUCCUGAGGCGGAACCCGCAGCACGACUACGAGCUGGUGCAGAGGGUCGGCAGCGGCACCUACGGGGAUGUGUACAAGGCCAGAAAUGUACAUACAGGAGAAUUAGCUGCAGUAAAAAUCAUCAAGUUGGAGCCUGGUGAUGAUUUUUCUUUGAUUCAACAAGAAAUAUUUAUGGUUAAAGAAUGUAAACACUGCAACAUCGUAGCCUACUUUGGGAGCUAUCUCAGUAGGGAAAAACUGUGGAUUUGCAUGGAAUACUGUGGUGGCGGAUCACUUCAAGAUAUUUAUCAUGUUACUGGACCAUUAUCUGAACUGCAAAUAGCCUAUGUGUGCAGAGAGACGUUACAGGGUCUUGCCUAUUUGCAUACUAAAGGCAAAAUGCAUAGAGAUAUCAAAGGUGCAAAUAUCUUAUUAACAGACCAUGGUGAUGUAAAAUUAGCUGAUUUUGGUGUGGCUGCAAAAAUCACGGCUACCAUUGCCAAGAGGAAGUCUUUCAUCGGCACCCCUUAUUGGAUGGCCCCGGAAGUUGCGGCAGUGGAAAAGAAUGGCGGCUACAACCAACUGUGUGAUAUCUGGGCGGUCGGAAUCACAGCGAUUGAACUUGGAGAACUGCAGCCGCCUAUGUUCGACCUCCAUCCAAUGAGGGCUCUCUUCUUAAUGUCAAAAAGUAAUUUCCAGCCUCCAAAACUAAAGGACAAAACAAAAUGGUCAUCGACAUUCCAUAAUUUUGUCAAAAUAGCACUAACUAAAAACCCUAAGAAAAGGCCAACCGCCGAGAGGCUUCUGACUCACACCUUUGUUGGACAGUCAGGUCUGUCCCGGGCCCUUGCUGUUGAACUGUUGGACAAGGUGAACAACCCAGACAACCAUGCACACUACACCGACGACGAUGACUUUGAGCCCCAUGCCAUCAUCCGUCAUACCAUUAGAUCUACAAACAGGAAUUCCAGAGCUGAACGGACAGCUUCAGAAAUAAAUUUUGACAAGUUACAGUUUGAACCACCUCUGAGAAAAGAAACAGAAGCCCGAGAUGAAAUGGGACUACCAUCAGACCCAAAUUUUAUAUUACAUUGGAAUCCUUUUGUGGACGGUGCAAAUACAGGCCGAUCAACCUCUAAGCGUGCAAUACCACCUCCCCUACCUCCGAAGCCAAGGAUAAACAGUUACCCUGAAGACAGCCUCCUAGAUGAAGAGAGAUCAGCAACUGUCAAACGGUGCCCUGACCCAGAGACUAGAGCACCUCAAGUUCUCAGAAGGCAGAGCAGCCCAAGUUGCAUUCCCGUAGCAGAGACGCCCUCUAUAGGAAAUGGUGAUGGCAUCUCAAAACUGAUGAGCGAAAAUACGGAGGGGUCAGCACAAGCUCCACAGUUACCUCGAAAAAAGGACAAGAGGGACUUCCCUAAACCAACCAUCAAUGGCCUUCCACCCACCCCAAAAGUUUUGAUGGGAGCAUGUUUUUCAAAAGUGUUUGAUGGCUGCCCUUUGAAAAUUAACUGUGCAACCUCCUGGAUACACCCUGAUACAAAAGAUCAGUACAUUAUUUUUGGAACUGAAGAUGGUAUUUACACAUUGAAUCUCAAUGAGCUACAUGAAGCAACUAUGGAACAGUUGUUUCCACGGAAAUGUACAUGGCUCUACGUCAUCAAUAACACGCUGAUGUCAUUAUCAGAAGGAAAAACCUUUCAGCUCUACUCUCAUAGUCUUAUCGCUUUGUUUGAACAAGCCAAAAAACCAGGAUUGGCUGCCCAUAUCCAAACUCAUAGGUUUCCUGACCGCAUCCUGCCAAGAAAGUUUGCCAUAACAACAAAGAUCCCAGAUACAAAAGGCUGCCAUAAAUGCUGCAUAGUUAGAAACCCUUACACGGGACAUAAAUACCUCUGCGGAGCUUUGCAGUCUGGAAUUGUUCUGCUGCAGUGGUAUGAACCGAUGCAGAAAUUCAUGUUGAUAAAGCAUUUUGAUUUUCCUUUACCAAGUCCACUGAAUGUCUUUGAAAUGCUGGUGAUCCCAGAACAGGAGUACCCCAUGGUUUGUGUAGCUAUCAGCAAAGGCACCGAGUCAAACCAAGUAGUUCAGUUUGAGACAAUCAAUUUGAAUUCUGCAUCUUCCUGGUUUACAGAAAUCGGUGCAGGCAGCCAACAGCUGGAUUCCAUUCACGUGACGCAGUUGGAGAGAGAUACUGUUUUGGUGUGUUUAGACACCGUCCUAACAGGAUGUGGAAGGUACCACUGUAGACGAAAAGACGCGAGGAAGAGCUGGCUGUCAGAGGCCCGCUGCUAA